AUGGCGGCUGUGGUGUUGCUGCGGCUGGCGGGCAGGCGGCUGGGUCUCAGCUCUCCAGUGUGCAGGGCGAUUUGGGGCGGCCUGAGGAAGAAGGAAAAAGAAGUAGAACCAGAGAAAAUAAUUGAGCAAGAGAAAAGUGAACCCACCUUGAUCUGUCCCCCACCACGCAGCCGAAGCUAUGUUCCUCCGGAGGAUAUACAGAGCUACCUUGAGUCUCGUGUCAAGGAGAUUUUUGGACCCUCACUUCCUGAUAAUUGGCUGCAGACAUCCCUCAAAGAAAAGAGGUUAAAGUUUCUCCUUUUGGCUCAGCUAGCCGCAGAACUUGGUCAUGCUGUCCCCAAUUCACAGCUUCAUCUGAUGCGCAGUGCUGAGGAUGUCUUAAAGUUCUAUAGCACUCCCGUAAAGGGUAUGUCCAAAUUUGAUGAAUUGUGUGCAGCAAAGUUACCCCCAAACCUGAAGAUUGUCUGGGAGCAGUGAGUUGUGCCACAAAGCAUUGCCUUGCUUUGCUUGUGUUCCUGAGCCAGGACUGCAGAGGAGAAGCGCAGAGCCCUUUCACUGUGGUAGCAGCUCAGUAUGUGACAAAUAAAAGUUGGUUUAG